GAUAAAAAGAAAACAAUAUGCCUCCACUAGUACUUUCAAUCUAGGAAACACUACCUCACAUAAGUAAUUGGAGUGUAAUGAAUUUUUAUUCAGGAUAUGCGCACAGCGUACGCAUGCUUAGUUUAAUAUGGCUGAUUUGUCAGCUUUACUCAGGAUUUGGAUUGGGGGAUAUUGCAAAGCCCACAAAUUGUAAAAAACCUCACAGAGUCGGGAAUAACGUGCAGAGAAUCAGCCUUAAGGCACCCGGAGCCCAAGUUGCAAUACAAGGUUCACACCCAUGGAUGGCAGGGUUAUUUGGCUUCUAUGGAGCUGAUGCAGGCUUUUGUGGUGGCGCCAUACUUAACAGCUGCUACAUUGUAACAGCUGCGCAUUGCGUACAGGAGGUAACUGGGAAGAAAUGUGGCGGUGUAGUGACAAGGAUAACACUAGGAGCCAGAGAGUUAACACAACUUGUGCCUGGUUUCCCUCAAAAACAGGACAACUUGAAAGUAAUAUCAGGGGGAGGAUGGCAAGCCACGUGUCACCCUUUUUCCAAGUUUUCUGAUGUCCUUGGACACAACGACUCCGUUGACAUUGCUCUUCUUAGGCUCAAUAAAUGCCUACCCGAGUUCACAGAGAAUGUGAUGAAAAGGAUAUGUUUACCGAAAACACCCUUAGAUGACCUCCAUCAGUUGAAAGGAGAGACCAUGACAUGUUAUGGGUGGGGUGCUGUAACAGAGUCUAAUACCUUUCGUAGGACACUCCAACAGGCGACUCCAUCUAUUGUUGGAAGAGAUAUCUGCACAGAAGUACUUGACAUACAGGGAGGUUUUAAGCUCCCCAACGCUGGUCUUUGUUCUGUACCAAACUUUGGAGGAACUGGGGACUCAGGAAGUCCAUGUGUGAUUAAAGAUUGUAACAAUACGGAUUGUCUAGUAGGGAUCAUAUCAGGACGCCGGUUCUCAGCAACGGUGACAGCGUCUCUUAGACACCCAGCUGUGCUCAACUGGAUCAAAGAAACUGUCAGAUCUAAGCCAUGUCGGAGAUCGUGUAUUCAUGAAGAUAUAUGUGAAUGUGGGACUCUGCCAGUUGCGGAUGAUGAUGGUGUAAAGUGCCCACAACUCGACCCAAUUGUAGACGCCCCGUCAAAUGGCACCCUGAAGGUAGUUUCGAAUACACCUGGGUCACUAGCUCUGUACGAUUGUAUAAAUGGCCGACAGUUGUUAGGGCCAAUAGUGAGGGCAUGUCUACCAGAUGGGAAAUGGAGCGAAGAGCCACCAACUUGUAGAGCAGGACUUUGUGUGAAGGGUGACCCCCACGUUAAACACUUCCUGUCUGCCCAUAAUGUCAGGCUCUGCUAUACACUACGUGGGAAAAGUGGAGAGGUUCUCACCUUCUUUUCUGAUAAAGAUAAAGGUAUCCUUAUUAAUGGUCAAUACGGACCUGUAAGCAAGACAUACCCUGAGGUAUCCAAGUACAUCAAACACCUAGGUCUCAAAAUUGGAAAUAUAACCAUUGAAUUCACAAAGAAAUACAUCCGAGUGAACAACGGGAGAUUCAGAGCCUGGGCCAUGCAGACAAUGGUGCAUGAAGGUGUAAGGAUAAAGAUAAACAAAGAUUCCAUGACUGGGGAAGUGAUGAUAUUAGAACAUGAAAUAACUAUAACUGUUGCCAGGAGAAAUGCACGAGUAGAUUUCUGUAUAUUUCCACAUGUUUUCCCUCAAAUUGGGAAAGGGAUUCUAGGCGUAGUUGACAGCUACAAGAAGUCCGACAUCUACUUUGGAACAAUGAAACCUAGAAAGACGGUUGCUACAAUGUACAUUAAAGACAGGACUGUCAAGAUCAAAUCGCGCAUGACUAAGAACAAACUACCUUGUUGGGGUCUAAGGGGAGGAGAUCCAUUGGAGCAACUAUUAGGGGAAAAUAUUAACGAUGUUAGGUCGACUUGUCUGUUCUGUUAUCCAGGAAGAUAA